AUGGUUGCUGGGCGGGGCCGUGACGUCCUUGGCGUGGCUGCAGGGGAGGCCGCGGCGGGGAAAAUGGCGGACGGAAAGGCGGGAGAGGAGAAGCCUGAAAAGCCGCAGCGAGCUGGAGCCGCCGGAGGACCUGAAGAAGAAGCAGAAAAACCUGUGAAAACUAAGACUGUUUCUUCCAGUAAUGGAGGGGAAAAUUCCAGUCGCAGCGCUGAGAAGCGAUCAGCUGAAGAAGAAGCUGCAGACCUCCCUACAAAGCCUACAAAGAUCUCCAAGUUUGGAUUUGCCAUAGGUAGUCAGAUGACAAAGAAAGCCUCAGCCAUAUCCAUCAAACUUGGCUCAAGUAAACCUAAGGAAACCGUUCCAACUCUUGCUCCAAAAACCCUUUCAGUAGCAGCAGCCUUUAAUGAAGAUGAAGAUAGUGAACCAGAGGAAAUGCCUCCAGAAGCAAAGAUGAGGAUGAAGAAUAUUGGAAGGGAUACACCAACAUCAGCAGGACCAAAUUCCUUCAAUAAAGGAAAGCAUGGGUUUUCUGAUAACCAGAAGCUAUGGGAGCGAAAUAUAAAAUCUCAUCUUGGAAAUGUCCAUGACCAAGACAAUUAAAUGAUGUGUUUUGAAAUUGGGGUAUGGGGUGGGUGUAAAGUUAAAAGGAACAGUUUCCUUUUUUAAAGAAUGGUAUAAGACUAUCUUUGGAGCCGCCUUUUUUUUUUCUUUUUCUUUUUUUAAAGAUUGGUACACUAAUAAAUGAGAAUUUGAAAUUAGAGGUAAUUUAUGUUUUAUAUACAGAUUUCAAGACAUUUGCUAAUUUUGUAGUUUCACGUGAUUAGUUUCCAAAGGUUAUAGAUGAUUAAAAAAAUCAUAAAUGGUACCUUUCUAAGAAUUGCAUAUUUUUUUAGACACAACUACUAGCACAUUAAGAGGGAAGCAAAAAGUUGUCUAUUUAAACUGUAGGCAGUUACUCUCUAACUUAACUCCCUUGUUAACCUAAAGUCUGGCUCCCAGGAACAGCCUUAUAGAGAAGGGAGUAUUGUAUUGGGAGGAAAAUGUUGCUGGACUAUUGACUGAGAAAGUAAAUUAGAUAAAAAUUAAAAUACAGCUUUUUUUUUUCCUAAUGGGCAUUUGUUUUGUUUCGAAUCAUCAUAAACUAGUUAUUGCAUUGCUAUCAGUGGAUACAGAUGCUUAGCUCUUUAAAAAGAACAUUUUAAAAUUUUAUGUAAACUGUUGAGUAUUUAAAAUAGCCCACUUCACUUUAAAGGGUCUUGUCUACCUUUGAUAGUCUUCAAAGAACAACCAUUUGCUACCAAAGUAAAUCAGUAUUUUGAAUGUGCUUCUCUUGGUUUUUGUUAUUAGCUAGUUCCUGUAAGUAUUUCCACCAGAUCUUCAGGCAAAUCAUAAGGAAGCUGUUUCUUUUAAAAUAACAAACCACCACCAAAAAUUUAAAUGUACAUAAUAGUUAAAUAUUUGGCUGUUCUUAUUUUUUAAAGGAUAUAAACACCAAAAAAAAAAAGGCAACAUUGUAUGAAGAUGGAAAAUAAGAAAGAUGCACUUUCUGUAACUUUAUCAAAGCAUUUAUGUUACUAACUUGUGAAAUCCAAUUUGAUUUGAACUUAUUACAGGAAUUCUUAUUUAGCACAAUAAUAUUGUUUCUUUUAACUGUAUACAUAUUAACCAGUGGCCUCUUUAAAAGCACAUUUUAGAUACUGAAAAUAAAAGGAAAGAAAAUGCAUCUUUAAACAUAUUUUAUGGAAUCUUUGACCACAUAUACUUUGUUAAUCUUUGUGUUGUAGGAUUGUGUUUAUUUUGUAUUUUUGUAUUGUAUAUGAAUUCUUUUUUUAAUGUGACAGUUAAACACAUCUUUAAAAGCAUAGUCACACAUAAAAGAAACAUACAGUAUAAUGAUUUCCUUGAAAACUCUUACAAUGUUAGAUUUGGAGGCAGCUUCAUACUGUUUAAUUGGUGAUAACUACUCUCUGAGCUCUUUUAAUAGGUAAUAACUCCAGAGAAGCAGCCUGUAUAUAUUCCUAAUACUUUGUUCACUUGCAUAUGAGUUUAGAGUAAGCCCCAAGUAAAACAAUGGAAAUGUAUAUAGAACGAUUAGUUCUUACUUACAUGGUUUAAUUAUAUCAAGAUACAUGAAUUUAACUUGCUUUAACGUAGGCAAACUUCCCAUUUUUGUUCAUUUUAAUGUUUAUGUUGAAAUAACAUCCCAAAACGACUGAGAUGAAUGUCUUUACUAAAAUACCAAUAAAUUUGUCCAACUCUAUCAGUGUUCUUAUUUUCUGUUACACUUAAUUGUUGCUGGGUUUGUUUUAAACAAAGAAGAGACAGAUGUUAUUGGUGCUCUUGCCCAGAUUGUUGGCCAGAGUAAUGGGAGAUUUUAAAUUGCUCUUUGGAGUCUACCUAACUUAGCACAUAGUUCUAGAACAUUACAGUAUCUCAGGUUAGAAAAAGACCUAGUCCAAAUCCUCCCUCUCCUCUACUGCCAAAGUAUCAUCUAUUAAUGUGCUGUAGAAAAUCCUGCUGAGGCAUACCUUUGAAAAUCCCUAAGUGUUAGAAGGUAUUCUCUUACUUGUGUCUGCCAUCCAUUAUCUCUAAAUAUUUUCUUAAUGUUUAUAAUGCUGCUGCCCUAUAGGUCAGGUGUGAGUAAAUGAAAAGAUCGAACUACAUUUUAAAAUUAAGGUUCGUUUCUAGUUAGACUAAUUACAAAUGAAGGCUAUGAAUUUCAAAUGUUUUUUUCUUAACGCUAAUAAUCAGGGUUAGCUUGAUAUACUGUGGAGGGAUUGUUCAAGUUACUUCCCUGCUGAGAUGAAGAUACUUUUUAAUUUUUUUUAACUUUUCAUUUUGAAAAAAUUUCAGACUCAAAACAUUGCAAAAAUAUAGUGAAGUACUUCCAUGUUCUUCAAAUGAUAACAUACAACCACAGGACAAUUGUCAAAAUCAGGGAAUUAACAUUAUUAAAAUAUUAUAUCACCUUACACUAUUAUUCUACAGACCUUAUUCAAAUUUCACCAUUUGCUCCACUAAUGUCUCCGUAGUUGAAGAUUCACUACAUUAUCACAUAUUGUUUAGUUGUCAUCUCUCUUAAACCCCUUUAAUCUGGGAAUCUUCAGUGUUUGUCUAUUAUGACCUUAGACUUUUUGAAAAGUACAGGCCAAUUAUUUGUAGAUCUCCCAAUUUGGGAUUUCCCUAAUGUUUCCUCACAAAUUCAGUUUAUGCAUUUUUGGCAAAAAUAAGACAGAACGGAUGUGUCUUCAGUAUAUCAGCAAGCACAUGAUGUCAAUUUGUCCUCUUACCAGUGUGAUGUUAAUUUUGAUCACUUGGUUAGGGUGGUAUCUGCCAGAUAUAUACAAUGUCAAAGUUGUAAAUUUUCUGUUUGUAAUUAGUAUCUUAUGGGAAAAUUCUUGUAAGUAUCAUAUUCUCAUACUUUUGCCCACUAAUUGGCAGACAUUCAUGGUUUUUGUUUUUUGGGUGUUUGCCCCAUGGUUCUUUACUGAAACAAUUGUUAGUGUAGGAUUUGCCGAAUGAUGAUUUUUCUAUUUUCAUCUUCUAUUUUUUGUAGUUCAAAUUCUGUGAGGAAAUUUCCUUCUCCAUUCUUUAUUCAAUUUUGUAUUGAUAAUGGGCCUGUGUAUUCUUAUGUUAUUCUAUAGGUUAUAAUGCACUACUAUCAUAUAUUUUGUUACUCAAAAUGUCCCAGAUCUGCCCACAUAAACCCCUCCCCAUUGACCCUUGUGUCUUUUUGACAUGUCCCCAUUCUUUUUUUUUAAUACAUCUUUAAUUUCUGGCACCAGGAGAUAUUCUGGACUCAUAUUUUCUCUUCUUUAACCCUGGAAUCAGUGAUUUCUCUAAACAUCCAUGGUUCCUUUUAGAAUCAAAAUCUGCACUAAGUGUACUCAUUGGUUGUGAAGUGUCAUUGCUUCUAGCCUACUUGACAGAGCUAGAAUAUGUAUGUAUAUAUAUCUAUAUCAAUUUCUAGAUCUAUAUGUGUGUGUGUGUGUAUGUAUGUGUAUACUGUAUGUAUCUCCAUGAGUUCAUAUACUUCCAUUACCAGACCAACACCAGAUACAUUCUAGUCUUCCUCCUUUCUCUACUUACUACUCUUGUCCAACAGUAAGAAAUCUGACUAUGUAUAAUCUGUUCACUUAUUUGCUUAAUUUCUAGAAUACACAUAAAGUUUCAGAAUUAAUUCAUAUAUUUCCCUAUGAAAAACUAACCAGAGUGCAGUAUUUGUAUGUAGUUCCUUUCCUUUUUAGUCUUAAGAGUACAUAAUCAAAAUACUAUUUUACAAAGUUAUGUAGGUUAGUUCUUUGCUCCCCCUUUCAGUAUGAUUGUAUUACUCAUUUGUAAUGCAGUUUGGUUUUGUUUGUGUUUCAUAAUGAAUUACUGCUCAUUGUUAAUUUGUUUUGCAUGUGAAAUAGCAUAGGUCUAAAAGUUGGAACGAUACAAAAAGUGUAACUCCUCCCUAUUUCUGCCUCAUUCUCUUCCUCCUGUCCUUUCUAUCCUGUUUACACCUAUUCCCUAUAGGUAAUCCAUCUCUGGUUUCUGGUUUAUCCUUCCUGUGUUUCCUUUUAAAUCAAUGAAUAGAUGGGUGUUUAUUAUUUCUCCUUUUAUCUUACAUGAAAUGUAAUAUACUACAGUUAUUCUUUUAUCCUUUUUUUUUCUUCACUUUAUAGUAUACCCUGGAAACUAUACUAGUUCAUGGAGAUCUUUCUCAAAAAAAUUUUUAACAGCUACAUAGUACUCCAUUGUGAAUAUACCAUAGUCAAUGCAAUUACUCUUGUAUGGGCAUUUAGGUCAUUUCCAAUGUUUUGCCAUUACAAUGCUGUAAUCAAAUAACCUGUGCAGGUGUAUUUUCUCGUUGGGGUGUAUCUUCCUUCAGGUAAAUUCCCAGAAGUAGGAUGCUGGGUCAAAAUAUAAGUGCAUAUCUACUCGUAUUAGAUAUUGCCAAAUUCUCCUACAAAAGGAUUGUACCAGUUUGUUUUCCCACCAAAAAUAUAUGAAUGCCUUUUCCCACAGCCUUGCCAGCAGAAUGUGUUUGUCAUGCUUUUUAAUUUUUGCCAUAUCUGAUAGGUUUAAAAAAACGGCACGAGACUUCCCUGGUGGCGCGGUGGUUAAGAAUCCGCCUGCUAAUGCAGGGGACACGGGUUCGAGCCCUGGUCCGGGAAGAUCCCACAUGCCGCAAAGCAACUAAGCCUGUGUGCCACAACUACUGAGCCUGCGCUCUGGAGCCCGUGAGCCACAACUGCUGAGCCCACGUGCCACAAUUGCUGAAGCCUGUGUGCCUAGAGCCCAUGCUCCGCAACAAGAGAAGCCACCGCAAUGAGAAGCCCCCACACCACAACCAAGGGUAGCCCCUGCUCGCCACAACUAGAGAAAGCCCGCGUGCAGCAAUGAAGACCCAACACAGCCAUAAAUUAAUUAAUUAAUUAAAAAAAAAAGGCAUGUUAGAAUAGUUUUAAUUUGCAUCUCUCUAGCUAUGAGUGAGGUUGAAUAUCUUUUCAUAUGUUUAAGGGCCAUUUGAAUAUCUUUAUGAAUAGUCUGUUUAUUUCAUUCCCACUUUACUAUUGGGUUUUUGGUCCUUUCUCAAAUUUUAAGAAUUUGUCAUAUAUUAACUCUUUAUACAUAUGUUAUAAAGAGUUUAUCCUUAUUAUUAAUUGUCUUUCGGCUUUGAUUAUGGUGUUCUUUGUAAUACAAAAAGCUUCCUUUUUUUGUAAUGUAGUGAAUUUUCUUCAUCUCUGUUGCCUUUCAGUUUUGUUAAUAGUUAGAAAGCCUUUCUCUAUACUGAGGUUAAAGAUAAAUUCACCCUUGUUUUUCUAGUGCUUGUAUUGUUUCAUUUUCAAAUUUAAACAGACUCCUGAUCCAUUUGGAAUAUAUACUUGUGCAUUUGUGAGAUCAAGAUCUAAUUUUAGUUAACACAUCUGUAUGAUAUUAAGCCAUCCUAAUAGGAAGCAGUCUGCUUUUGUGUUUUGGGGGAGUGUUAAAUUUUUUCUCAUAUGGGUUUUGCCUAUUUCUUGUUAAGCUUCUUCCUCAAUAUUUAAUCAUCUUUGUUGCUAUUGAAAUGAGGUUUUCUCUAUCAUUUUGUGCUGGUUAUUGUUUUAAGAUAUGAAGACAAUUUUCUGUAUGUUAAUUCUGUGUCUUGCUAUCUUACUAAACUCCUUAUUGUUUGAGUUUUAUCAUCGAUUCUCAAGAAUUUCCCAGGUGUACCAUCAUAUCACCUGCAAAUAAAGAUGGCUUUACUUUAUCAA